GCUGUGGUAGCAACAUGCCGCUGUGAAGGUGGCCAGCGGAUCGGUGCAUACGUACGGGCGGGCGGGCGGAAGCAUAUGUCACUUUUAUGAUUGUACAGUAAAAUUCGGGCGAAGAAAAUGAGGUGGCUCAGCUCGUGCGUAUUCCUCGUCGUAUCCGUCGUCAGUGUGCGCUGCUACUUCAUCACCGUGGACGCUCACGCCGAGGAGUGUUUCUUCGAUAAGGUCGAAUUCGGCACCAAGAUGGGCCUCACAUUUGAAAUAGCAGAGGGUGGAUUCUUAGAUAUAGAUGUUAAGAUAGUUGGGCCAGACGGUAGAAUGAUCUACCAGGGUGAGCAGGAGAGCAGUGGCAAGUACACUUUCGCCGCACAUACCGCGGGAGUAUACACCUAUUGCUUCAGCAAUCAGAAGAGCACGAUGACACCGAAAGUGGUGAUGUUCAAUAUGGACAUUGACGAGAAUCGGAAGCAGUCAGAGGACAAUGCUGGCGCGGAGGGUCAGGAUGGAGAUGGCAACCAUGGAAAGUUGGACGACAUGAUCAAAGACUUGAGCACCAGUUUGUGGGGCGUGAAGAACGAGCAGGAGUACAUGCAGGUACGCGAUCGCAAUCACAGGGCGAUCAACGAGAGUACAAAUUUCCGCGUCGUGAUGUGGGCGUUCUUUGAAGCCAUGGUACUGGUGUGCGUGACGAUAGGUCAGAUCUUUUACUUGAAGCGAUUCUUCGAGGUUCGAAGAAUCGUGUAACCUAUAGGAUAAACUAAUGAUACACUACGUGAAUCAAUUGUACAUUUUUCUAUGUAAUUAAAUUAUAUCGUUCAUGGAUAAGUCAUCGCUGCGGUAAAUACGCGUUCUCCACUUUCCAUCGGUUAAACCCGAAACUGUACAUCGCUAGCAUUAAGGUAUCUCGUAUGUCUGUAAGGAUACGUUGUUUCUAUAAUAAACAAAGAAUUUUUGUAAUAGAA